AUGGCGGGCUCUCUGCUGGCGAUCACUGCAGCGGCGAUGACGCUGGCGCCCGCCGCGCAGGCCGAGAAGCUGUCGGCCGCGGACGCGUACAGCAACUUCACGUCGCGCGCGCCGCAGAUGACGGAGGACGGCAAGGGCGCGGGCCCGGCCAGGAAUGUGCCGAAGUCGGCCCGCAAGGACAUCGAGACGCCCAUCUCCUCGCCCGACAAGAUCUACAAGUCGGAGCGGAAGUAG